AUGUCCAAUACGUUAACCGACGACACUUGCAACAACGCCAGUUUCGCUUCACAGCGCCCAUCCGCCAAGAUGCUCAAGAUGGUGACGCCACAGGACGUUCGGAGCCCCGGGCUCGACAUGUCGCCGAGGACGCGCUCGCUGCCCGACUACUUUGCUGUUGGGCCUCUCAAGUCGGAGCUGGCUUCGAUCCAGGAGCAGGAGGCGCCGCCGACACCGUACCAACGGAAUGAAUCCAGCGCUGGCCGCCGCGAAUCAACAAUCUCAUUCCCGGAUGAGCUGCCAACGCGACGCAGCUCCAACGGCACAGAUCCUGGCACCGCCAUCUCGCUAGGACGGAAGCCAUCAACAUCCUCAGUCUCAUCUCGCCGACCGCGAUAUUCUGCGUCUUUGCACGGGGUGGAAUUGCAAGAGCACGCCGCGCGCAUUCGCGCAAGCUCGCCCCCUCCAGAAAGGUUCCAGCACCACGUCGGCUUCGAUAAUGUGCCGAACGGAGAGGCUACCAAACACAACACGACAUCGCUGACCCUCAACGUGAGGCAUAAGGGCUACCAGGCCAGACGACGAUCGCGCAUAUUCAUGGUGGGCGUGGACGAGAACUCUUACUCGGACUAUGCUAUCCAGUGGCUGCUGGACGAGCUGGUUGAUGACGGCGACGAAAUUGUCUGCGUGCGCGUGCUGGAGAGCGCGGUGCGCAUGAACGAUAAACAAUACCAGGAAGAUGCGCAACAUGUCAUGCAAGGAAUCCUAGCCAAGAAUGGAGCCAACCGGGCUGUCAGCAUCGUGCUUGAAUACGCCGUGGGCAAGCUGCACGCAACCUUUCAGAAACUGAUUCAAAUGUAUCAGCCAGCCAUGCUGAUUGUUGGAACCAGAGGCCGAUCACUGGGCGGCAUCCAGGGCCUCGUCAACAACCGCAACUCGUUCUCGAAAUACUGCCUACAAUAUUCGCCUGUGCCGGUCGUCGUUGUUCGACCAACGGAGAAGCGCAUUAAGAAGAAGGUGAAGCGUGCCAACGACUCGGGCCGCCAGACCUACCUGGGCAUGCUCUCGGCAACAUUGGGAAAACACGAAGCCGACAGCGAAACCAGUAGCACAUACGAACUGGAGACACAAAUUUCAGCCGACGAAGAGGCGCAUCAAGUGGCAAAGGUGCUGGGUCUCCCCGCAAAAUUCGAUCCAACCAUUAAGCCUAUCAACCCCAGCGACUAUCUUCGAACACGAUCGCCGGCGCCAUCGGGGUCGAAAGAACCUACGAGCCCGAACCUCGGCGAUGUUUCGCCGAGCAGCGCCAUGAACAGCGAGGACGAAGAAGAGGAGGAGGAUGGGGAAUUUGAGGUUGUGUCUGGAACACAAGCCCUCAACCAACAGCAAAAACUUGAACAACUACACAAGAUGGAGGUCGGUGAAGCGCAGGCUCUCCGUCAAGGUGUGGACGUUGAAGAAGAUGAAGAUGAAGGGUCCGCCGACAACAAGGCGUCGCCAUAG